AUGGCGGCGGCGUUUGAAGCCUCAGCGGCCUUAGCGACGGUGGAGGCCGCUAUGCCGGCGGAGCGUGUGGCCGCACAGCUCGAGGCCUCGGAGCCACCCCCCGGGCCGGUGCGGAGCCUGCGGACGGCUCACGACGUCAGCGGCCCACGGACCCGCACGGGGGACGUGCUGCUGGCCGAGCCGGCCGACUUCGAGUCGCUGCUGCUGUCGCGGCCGGUGCUGGAGGGGCUGCGGGCUGCCGGCUUCGAGCGACCCUCGCCGGUGCAGCUCAAGGCCAUCCCGCUGGGGCGCUGCGGGCUCGAUUUAAUUGUUCAAGCUAAAUCUGGCACCGGGAAAACGUGUGUGUUCUCUACCAUUGCUUUGGACUCUCUGGUUCUUGAAAACCUAAGUACCCAGAUUUUGAUCUUGGCUCCUACAAGAGAAAUUGCUGUACAGAUACAUUCUGUUAUUACAGCUAUUGGAAUAAAAAUGGAAGGCUUAGAGUGUCAUGUCUUUAUUGGAGGGACUCCAUUAUCACAAGACAAAACCAGACUUAAAAAGUGCCAUAUUGCUGUUGGCUCUCCUGGCAGAAUUAAACAACUAAUAGAACUUGACUACUUGAACCCAGGCAGUAUACGUCUCUUUAUUCUUGAUGAAGCAGAUAAGCUUUUAGAAGAAGGCAGCUUCCAGGAGCAAAUAAACUGGAUUUAUUCUUCCUUGCCUGCAAGUAAACAGAUGUUGGCCGUAUCAGCCACCUACCCUGAAUAUUUGGCUAAUGCUUUGACAAGGUACAUGAGAGAUCCCACUUUUGUAAGACUAAAUUCCAGUGAUCCGAGUCUCCUAGGUUUGAAGCAGUAUUACAGAGUUGUCAAUUCAUACCCUUUGGCCCAUAAGAUUUUUGAGGAAAAGGCUCAGCAUUUACAGGAACUGUUCAGCAGAAUUCCGUUUAAUCAAGCCUUAGUCUUUUCUAAUUUGCACAGCAGAGCACAACAUUUGGCUGAUAUUCUUUCUUCUAAAGGCUUUCCUGCUGAGUGUAUUUCGGGUAACAUGAAUCAGAAUCAGCGUCUUGAUGCUAUGGCCAAGCUGAAGCAGUUUCAUUGCAGAGUCCUCAUUUCCACAGAUUUGACUUCCCGUGGGAUUGAUGCUGAGAAGGUGAACCUGGUUGUAAAUCUGGAUGUACCAUUGGAUUGGGAGACAUACAUGCAUCGGAUUGGCAGAGCUGGCCGUUUUGGUACCUUGGGGUUGACAGUGACCUACUGUUGUCGGGGAGAAGAAGAAAAUGUGAUGAUGAAAAUUGCCCAGAAAUGUAACAUCAACCUUCUGCCUUUACCAGAUCCCAUUCCUCCUGGUCUGAUGGAAGAAUGUUCGGAUUGGGAUGUGGAGGUUCAAGCUGCUAUGCAUACAUAUGGCUUAGCAAGUGUACCUACCCAGCCCUUAAAAAAGCAGAUUCAAAAAAUAGAGAGAACCUUUCCAACUCCGAAAGCUCAUGGUAACCAUGUGGCUUCAUCUAGAAAUACUUCUGUAUCUGCACUCUUAGUCAAAUCAAAAAAUAAUACCAAACAAAAGCUUCCUGUGAAAAGCCACUCAGAGUGUGGAAUCAUCGAAAAAGCAGUGUCACCGAAAGAAGUGGGCUGUGGCAUACAAUUGGAAGAGCCGAUGAAGAAUUCUGUUCAGAUCUCUGUUGAAAACUCGACUGGUCAGCACCAGGUCAAAGAAGCUAUACCUGUGUCACUCCCUAAAAUUCCUUGUCUGUCGUCCUUUAAAAUCCAUCUGCCAUACUCUUUGACUUUUUCGGAAUUGGUAGAGGAUUAUGAACACUAUAUUAAAGAGGGGUUAGAGAAACCUGUGGAAAUCAUCAGGCAUUACACGGGUCCUGGGGAUCAGACUGUCAAUCCUCAAAAUGGUUUUGUAAGAAACAGAAUUCCUGAAGAGAGAGUGCAGGUAUUGGCAAGUAGCAGUCAAUCUGGAGACUCUGAGAGUGACAGUGAUUCUUACAGCUCAAGGACUUCUUCCCAGAGCAAAGGAAAUAAGUCCUACUUGGAAGGCUCUUCUGAUACUCAGCCGAAAGAUGCGGAGUCUACUCGUGUGGAUGGCCAUAUCUCUUUGGAGCAGCCUCUGAAUGGAAACAACAUCCCCAGUCCAGUAGAGUAUCAGGAAUCACCUGAAAUCCAGACAAAGGCAAGGCAUAAAGAGGGGGCUACCCAGAGAGCUAAGCAGAGCCGGAGAAACCCUCCCAGGCGGUCUUCCUAUCGAAUGCAGACAGAACCCCAGGAGGACGGUUGGUACGACUGCCACAGGGAAACCCAUCUGAAUUUUUCCGAGACCUACCAGGACUAUGAGGAGUACUGGAGAGCUUACUACAGGGCAUGGCAGGAAUACUACGCUGCUGCUUCUCAGUCAUAUUAUUGGAAUGCUCAGAGGCAUCCAAGUUGGGUGGCAGCUUAUCACAUGAAUACCAUUUAUCUACAAGAAAUGAUGCGUGGCAACCAGUGAUGACAGGCAGUACC